AUGUCAUCGUCGAUCGAAUCCAAAAUCGCCAUGGCCAAAACAGUCGUUUCCACCAUCGGUUCUGUCGCCGCGGCGGCGAUGGUGGUUCGCAGCGUCGCCCGCGAUUACUUGCCUUCUGAAUUCCACGACUACCUCGAUUUCGGCUUCCGCAAUUUCAUCAACAAGUUCUCCACACAGGUAACCAUGGUUAUCUACGAAUUCGACGGGAUUCGGCCAAACGAGAUUUACAACGCCACACAACUGUACCUUGCCGCCCGUAUUUCACCCGAUAUCCACCGUAUGAAGAUCAGCAAGUACACCAGCGAGAAAAAUAUCAACGUUGCCAUGGAAAACAACGAAGAGUGUACCGAUGUUUACAAUGGAGUCAAGUUCAAGUGGUCUUCGGUGUCUAACAAGACGCCGGCGACAGAAUACUACCGUGACGAUGAUAUGAUCAGAUCUUCUUCCGAACUUCGAAUUCUACGACUCACAUUUCAUCGGAAACACAAGGAUCUCGCCUUGAACGAGUACCUACCGUUUAUACUUAAUGAGUCGAAAGCGAAGAAACAAGCAGAGAAAACCGUGAAGCUAUUCACCGUCGAUCCGUUGGCGAUGCAUCAAACCCGUUCAAAAAUGUGGACGCCGGUGAAUCUAGACCAUCCGUCGACAUUUUCCACGCUGGCAAUGGAUACAGAUGUUAAGGAGAAGGUGACGAAGGAUUUAGACAUGUUCAUACAGAGAAGAGAGUACUACCGGAAAGUCGGAAAAGCUUGGAAGAGAGGCUACCUGUUGUACGGCCCGCCGGGAACGGGAAAAUCGAAAAGACAAACUUGA